AGGAAGGGGCGGGGGCUUGCGGGCCCCUGGCUGCAGGAAGGGGAGGCCGCCUGGGCGUCGGCGCUGCGCGAGGGGACGCGAUGAGCUGCGGGACGGGGCUCCGCGGGGCUCGCCCUGCAGGUGAGGAACAAAAUGUGACAGAAACAGACGCCUUCCGUAAGAGUGAAAUGUUUGAUCCGGCAGAAAAGUACAAAAUGGACCACAGGAGGAGAGGAAUUGCUUUAAUCUUCAAUCACGAGCGGUUUUUCUGGCAUUUAAUGCUGCCGGAAAGGCGGGGCACCAGCGCGGACAGAGACAAUCUCACGCGCAGGUUUUUAGAACUAGGAUUUGAAGUGAAAUGCUUUAAUGAUCUUAAAGCAGAAGAACUACUGCUCAGAAUUCAUGAGGCAUCAAUCUCUAGCCACACGGAUGCAGAUUGCUUUUUAUGUGUUUUCCUGAGUCACGGCGAAGGCAAUCACAUUUACGCGUAUGAUGCCAAAAUUGAAAUUCAGACACUGACUGGCUUGUUCAAAGGAGACAAAUGUCAGAGCCUAGUUGGAAAACCCAAGAUAUUUAUCAUUCAGGCGUGUCGGGGAGACCAGCACGACGUGCCGGUGCUGCCGCUGGACGCCGUGGAUCACGGGGCGGGGCAGCCGGAGGCCAACGUCACCCAGGUGGACGCGGCGUCGGUGCACACGCUGCCGGCCGGCGCCGACUUCCUCAUGUGCUACUCGGUUGCGGAAGGUUAUUAUUCUCAUCGGGAAACUGUGAACGGCUCAUGGUACAUUCAAGAUUUGUGUGAGAUGCUGGGAAAAUUCGGCUCCUCCUUAGAGUUCACAGAACUCCUCACCCUGGUGAACAGGAAAGUUUCUCAGCGCCGAGUGGACUUUUGCAAAGACCCAAAUGCAAUUGGAAAGAAGCAGGUUCCCUGCUUUGCCUCAAUGCUAACUAAAAAGCUGCAUUUUUUUCCCAAAAUCUAAAUGAUAGGAACUAUUUUAUGUAUCUGUGUUCAAAACAUUUUUUUUAUAUCAGUAUCACUAGGUUGAAAUUUAUGAUACAGCAAUUUAACAUGUCUUAAAGGUUUAAUGAGAACUUUAAAAAGUUCAUAUAGAUAUUAGCAUGAUGAAAGGGUUUGAUAUAUGUGAAAUGAAAUCCUCAGGGAAUUACUGUAAAAAUCCACAAGCAUUUGUUAUACUUGAUUUUUAUAGUAAAUCACAAGGUUACUCAAAAUAUCUGGCUGAUUUAACUUGUAUUUUGUGAAGUUUCUUACAAAAGUUUUAUAAUGUUUUUAAAGGUUUUUGAAACCCAA